AUGAGUGGCGUACGAAAGGCAGAUCCAAGAUGGUUCAUUUAUCUCACAAACUGGAGUUUCCUGUUACUCACCAUGGCUAUGAUAGGACUUGCGCUAAUUAGCAUAAUCCACGCGUAUGGAAAACUACAAAAUUCUGAAACUGAAUUGGGAAAGACUUCGCUUGAGAUGCGCAGCCGUGGUGAAAUGAUUGAUGCUGAAAGUACCUCACAAACGCAAAGUAACGGAAAUCAAAUCGAGCUCAAGUCUUUAGUCUGGUACGAAAAAGGCAAGAAAGAACAAUUUGUUUAUAGUCUGACAUAA